UGACGAUGGAAGAUCGCGAUUUUUGAAUUUGGAAUGCGUGCGUGAUUUUUUAACGGAUCGCGGCAAAACUUUUGGUGGAGUGAUUUGUGUUUAUUUUCGUUGAUAGUGUUUGACUUUUAACUGUGGAUUAUUCUGUGAUUUGUGAAGUGUCGUGAUUUUACUGAAUAAAAGAAUGUUUGCACACGAUCACACCAACAGAUAACAGUAAAAAUGACCAUUAACCUAAGUGGGAAAAAACUUUGACAUUUAAAAACAAUCGUGCCAAAACAAUGUUUUGCUGCAAAGAACUGAAACUACUCUACGCCACUAUUGUUCUGUUACUCGAAGCUGAGUUGCUGGUGAACACGGGUGCUAUGGAGUCGAAACGGUCUUCCUUGUUAGCGCAGAACGCUGAUGAAUUGAAGUCUUUGGAGCUAUGUAUUAGUAGGAAUCAGCAGAGGCUUGGUAGUGUCUUUGGGAAUUAUACGAGACAUCACAAAAAAGGUCACAGAAGAAGAACAACAACCACAACACAAACAACAGUCAUCUACACAACAGCAGUCGACAACGACGAUGACCUUACUAACCCGUUCACCACAACAGAAACCCUUACCACCCCCCACUCUAAACUACCCAAGCCUCAAAGGCUAUACAGAGACUACGAUGUACAUAUAGAUAAAAAUGCAAUUGAAGAUGAAAUAAGUGAGAUAAUAGAAAGUCAUAAGCACCAUGAGAAAUAUACAGAGCUAGAUGAGUCAUCAUUAGCUAAAUCUUUAAGUAAAGUUAAGAAAAUGUACAGAGAUUCAGCGGCGUCGGCUGCUAAUAAGUUAAGUGGGAAGGUGGGGAAGACGGGUAUAUUUUUGACUGACAAUUGUACAACUGUUAUAGCGCAGAUAGGAACUACGGCUGUUUUGCAUUGUGAAGUUAGCGAUAUAACAGAAAAUACGGUAACGUGGAUAAGAAAAAAAGACUAUUCCUUGUUAUCAGUGGGGCUGGUAACAUACAGCGCCGACAACAGAUUCUUUUCUGCCCACGGCCGACAUGUGAAGGACUGGGCCCUCCACAUUCGGUUCUCAACGUCAGCAGACGGUGGAUACUACGAGUGCCAAGUCCCGACGCAUCCGCCUACGAGUAUCUUCUUUAAACUAGUUCUUGUUGCUGCGUACGCGGAAAUAAUGGGGGAAUCCGAGAAGAUCAUCCACGAGGGUUCGAUGUUGCGGCUCGUUUGCGUUGUGCGGCGGUCUACGGAACCCCCGUCGUACGUGUUCUGGUACUUCGAGAAUAGGAUGAUCAACUACGACCUGAAUGGCGUGAGCGUUCACAACGGGCGUCAGACCAGUGAGCUGGUGAUCGGCAAAGCGGAGCCGCGGCAUGCGGGAAACUACACGUGUGUGCCAGCCAACGCCAAAGCUGCUUCUGUCACUGUGCAUGUUGUGCAAAGCGAAACCCCAGCAGCAAUGCAGCACGGUAACAACUCAGCUCAAACCACCAGCUUACACAUGCUGGCCAGCAGCUUCGUCUACCUAUUGGCGUUGAGACUAUUGCUAACACAAAUAUCUCUAGAGUACGGAUAGUGAUAGAUACGUAAUAUCAUUUUGUUAUCCAUUUCCCUAUGUUGAGAAGAAAAGUAGUCCAUUUUAAAUAACGCUGCUAGUGCAAAGUUGGGAUUUAUUGUGAUAUGUUAAAUAGAAAGCCUGAGAGCCAAUUAAAACUUACAUUUUGACAUCCGGACGAUACGCCAGGACUAAACGCGACACACACUGAUGAAAAGUGUCUUUUGCCUAGAGAAGUUCGGUAAUAUAAAUAUAAACUUACCACAUCACUCAACGUGGCUUUGACCAUAACCACAUUCAACAAAUAGGUACUUAGUGGGGUUGCUUCAAAUUGAACAUAUUGGCUUUCGGACUUUCGAAAGCGCCCAGCUAAAGGGACUUCGUCUAUUCAGGGAACGUGGUAAAGAUUUUCAAGUUUCACAAUAUACUUACCUAAUAUCUUCCCGUACCUGCCACCCUAGUCAAAAUGAGAAUCGUUGACGCUACGAGCGAUAGAAGAUGGAGCUCUACGAUACGAUUUGAACCCAAGGUCACUGUAGAACCUUUUCAAUGUUAACGUCAAUAGUGACUUCUUUGACUAAUAAUGCACGUUGUCAAUAAGACAGGGUUCUAGAGUGGACUCUGACCAGAUCUUUCAAACGGUCGCUGACAUUGACUAAUUGAACUACUUUUUUUCUUAACUAAACCUUCACUGUUUAUAAUAAAUAAUUAUGAUCCGGUGUUGAAUAUGGUGUUUUUUCAGCAAAUGUAUAAUGUCUGUUUGUCAUUUUCUAGCAUUGUUUAUUAGGGACGCAUAAAUCUAUAUUUUAGACAAAAUUUUAUAUUUAAAUAAUAUAAUAUUGUUGUGAUUGUAUUAGAAUUAUUUAUCGGCUAUUCUUAUUUGUUUUUAGAAAGUCCAUAUUUUAGCAUUGUGUUAAACUGUUAAAUAACCAUGUGUGUUGUCUUCAAUAAUAUAACCUUGAAGUUUUAUUUGUUACAUAGGAUUUUGCAUAAUCUAAUGUGAGGUAUUUAAAAAUGUAUUGCCUAUAACUAAAUUACAACCAAACCUGUUUCAUACUAUCUUCAGUUAUUUUUCAAUGACUUGGAUUUACUAGUAGUAACAUUAUUUUAUUCCAAUCUGGCGGAAAAACACCAAAAUAUUUUCAAAGUUUUAUCAUGUAUCACA